UCACCUCCUGGUCCUCCUGGUCCUCCUGGUCCUCCUGGUCCUCCUGGGGUUCCUGGGGCUCCUGGACCUCCUCCUGAUCCUCCUUCUCCUCCCUUACCUCCUCCUCCUCCUUCACCUCCUGGUCCUCCUCCUCCUCCUUCACCUCCUGGUCCUCCUCCUCCACCUUCACCUCCUGGUCCUCCUGGUCCUCCUGGGGUUCCUGGGGCUCCUGGACAUCCUCCUGAUCCUCCUUCUCCUCCCUUACCUCCUCCUCCUCCUUCACCUCCUGGUCCUCCUCCUCCUCCUUCACCUCCU